CUUUUACUAUCUUUCAUGAAAGAAGCCUCUCCCUGACUCAUUCCGUUUCCUCUUAGCCAAGUGACAGGACGCGAGAUUUUCACCCUCAAAGGUCUCCUGAUAACCCCCAUGGUCAUGAGUCGAGAGUACGAGGUUAUGGUCAAGACCCCACUACGAGAUGUAUCCACUACGAUUGACAGUCACACGACAGGACAAGAACUCUUCGAUAACGUGAUGGCGUCGCUGAGCAUUGUAGAGACUGAGUACUUUAUAUUACAGUACAAAAACAAGAAAGGGAAUUACCGCGACCUCUUAUUGAAAAAGAAGGUUUUAUCGAUCAAAAAGAAAACUCGAGAGAGUCCAGUGCGAUUCUUUCUCAACGUGUCUGUCUUCCCAGCUGAUCCCGUUUCUGUUCAAGAUUUCACGGCAAAGAGAGACCGAGGUCCUCAUGAGGAUGGCGACCUCCUCUGUCCCAAAGAUGUGGCCAAAAACUCUCGAUGACCUGUCAAGGAAUGAGAGCAUUGACGAAUAUCUGAGAGUAGUCGCGUCCCUGGACGAAUAUGGCUAUUUCCACUUCAAUGUGGAACGGGCUGACGGGAUGCCUUGCAGGCUUUCACUUAACGGAAACGGUAUUCUGGUUGCCACGGGUUAUUCGAGGAAGGAGAUCUCUUUCCUCUCCAUCCACAAGAUACAAAAAUCCCGGAAGGCCGUGACCGUCAAAUUCAGGGAGAGAGACACCCAGGAGAUCAUCUUCUACACAAGGAGGAAAGAAGACCCUAAAGAUAUUCUUCGCAUCUACAGAAGGCACGUGGACUUCCCAUCCCGGAACGGCAGAGCUCUUGAAACGUGAAAAGAGCUUGCGAAUGAAUGAAUUUACGAUAUAACUUUUUAAAUUUCCCAUUUCCCAUCCACGAUCAUUCACUUGCGGCAUCGUGGAAUUACGGGAGGUGACAGGAAUAGGUUAAAGAGACCCCCUAUAAUAACUCUUUUUAAUGAACGGACAGAUUCAAUUACAUAGUCUAGAAAGAAUGAAAUUUUUUUAUUAAAAGAUCUCGGGCCUACAGCAUAAGCAUGUUCAAGAUGAAAACGUAAUGAAAUAUUUGAAAGAAAAUGAAGAAUGAAUUUUAAAUGAAUAAUUUAUAAUAAAAAUCUCAUAGUCACUCGUUCAUGGCGAGGUUAAUUAAAAUAAAAGUAAUGUAGACCUUCUUAAUCCAACCGUAUCACAUUGAAGUGCAUCAUGGUUUAUUCAUGUUUAGAAUAUAGAGAAUGGAGAGACUGCACCAAGGAUAUAUGUUGCUGGAGUAUCACAAAAUUAAUAAGGGAUUAAAAUAUGCAUGCAUACAUAAAUAAAUUGCACAGUGUUUUCCAUUUCUUUGCGUACUUGCUCAAGUUCUUCGCUUUCUUCACUGACAAAGGUGUGAAAUUUAAAGCUCCAUUAUUCGUUGUUCUCUACGAUUUUCCAUUCGAAGAAAAUAGAAAUUAAACAGAACGAGAAUUAAGUAAAAGUAGCUCGUUUCAACUCUCACUACGAUUUGAUGAAAUGUUUUCAAUUACUAACGCUUAACAGGAACGGGUAUAAAAGAAAGUCCCUAAUAAGGGUUUGCUUAAGCUUUCAGAUGAUCAUAGCGGAAAUACUCCUAACUGUGCUUUUUAUUUUAUUUCUCUCCGAGUACAGAGAAAAGUUUGCUAAUGAUGGAAGUGCUAUAAAAGUCACAAUGUUGAUUAAUCUCUAUUAAUCUCUAGCUUCAGACGGAACUCAUUUUUCCGUAAACUCCUUACUAACUAGCGCAGAAAAGUGAUUCUCCAUUGUUUGUGUGUGUGUGUAUGAGAGAGAGAGGUGGAUUUCAAAUAAUGACAGAAGCCCUGGAUAAUGGAAUUAAAUUCUUUCCCUAUACCAUUCCUUGUCUCGAAGAAGAGCCUUUGAAUGUCUUAAUGAACUGAAUGAAACCAAAACUAAGAGAGUGAAUAUCUGAAGUUUUUCCUUCUUUUCUUUAGGGAACUUUAGUCUGACAAGAAUAAUUCAUAAAAGGUGAUCACACUCUGGAGCUACAGAUGCAGUUAACCUGAAUCUUUAAAAUGCUAUUCAUUCAUUAAAAAAGAUCAAGAUGGCGUGGAACGAUCACUGAAAAGCAUUGAAGAACAUUAACGUAAUCAAGAAGUCACCUUAAAACGAAAAGUCACGUUCGACUACUUUAUUUAACACUGGCAGUGGAAGUCAAUAAUGCGUGAUAGAUUCAAGGAGGAAGGGUGUACCUUAAUUGGCUUGUCAGUUGGCAUCGCACAUGUGGCCGACAGUGCAAUUUGCAAGGCUUUAAUAGCAUUUCCAGUAUGUUGUUCUUUCCUUUUUUCAUCUAUGGAUUUUUUUCUUCUCGCCUUUUAUCUUUCUAUUCGCUCUUCCCUUACUUUUCCAAUUGGAGGUAGGUGUACCAACAUACGAUGCAUUGUCUAGUAAACUUGCACAAGUUGGGAAAAAAAAAGUUCAAUUCCACUGUGCAUAUUCGCAUAAAAAUGUGUAUAAUUGGGAAUAACAUGAACGUAAAAUAGAUUAUGACAAUCAAA